AUGGCAGCAGGAGUGGCAGCGUGGUUGCCCUUCGCCAGGGCGGCUGCCAUAGGAUGGAUGCCAGUGGCCAACUGCCCCAUGCCGCUGGCUCCCACAGAGAAGAACAAGAGGCAGGAUGAGCUGAUCAUCCUCAACGUGAGCGGCAGGCGCUUCCAGACCUGGAGGACUACACUGGAGAGGUACCCGGACACUCUCCUGGGCAGCACGGAGAAGGAGUUCUUCUUCAACGAAGACACCAAGGAGUACUUCUUUGACCGGGACCCCGAGGUCUUCAGGUGCAUCCUCAACUUUUACAGAACUGGCAAGCUGCACUACCCCAGGUACGAGUGCAUCUCCGCCUACGACGAAGAGCUGGCCUUCUACGGGAUCCUCCCCGAGAUCAUCGGGGACUGCUGCUACGAAGAGUACAAGGACAGGAAGCGGGAGAACGCGGAGCGGCUGAUGGACGACAACGACUCGGAGAACAACCAGGAGGGCUCCAUGCCCUCGCUGAGCUUCCGGCAGACCAUGUGGCGCGCCUUCGAGAACCCCCACACCAGCACCUUAGCCUUAGUCUUUUACUACGUCACCGGGUUCUUCAUCGCCGUCUCGGUGAUCACCAACGUGGUGGAGACCGUGCCCUGCGGCUCCGUGCCGGGGAGCAAGGAGCUGCCCUGCGGGGAGCGCUACGCCGUGGCCUUCUUCUGCCUGGACACGGCGUGCGUGAUGAUCUUCACCGUCGAGUACCUGCUGCGGCUGUUCGCGGCGCCCAGCCGCUACCGCUUCAUCCGCAGCGUCAUGAGCAUCAUCGACGUGGUGGCCAUCAUGCCCUACUACAUCGGCCUGGUGAUGACCAACAACGAGGACGUCAGCGGGGCCUUCGUCACGCUGAGGGUUUUCAGGGUUUUCAGGAUUUUCAAGUUCUCCCGCCAUUCCCAAGGCCUGAGAAUCUUGGGCUACACUUUGAAGAGCUGUGCCUCCGAGCUUGGCUUUCUCCUCUUUUCCCUCACUAUGGCAAUCAUCAUCUUUGCAACUGUGAUGUUUUAUGCGGAGAAAGGGUCCUCGGCGAGCAAAUUCACCAGUAUUCCUGCUUCCUUUUGGUACACUAUUGUAACCAUGACAACGCUGGGCUACGGGGACAUGGUGCCCAAGACCAUCGCGGGGAAGAUCUUUGGCUCCAUCUGCUCGCUCAGCGGGGUGCUGGUGAUUGCCCUGCCCGUGCCCGUCAUCGUCUCCAACUUCAGCCGCAUCUACCACCAGAACCAGCGCGCCGACAAGCGCCGGGCCCAGAAGAAGGCGCGCCUGGCGCGGAUCCGCGUGGCCAAGACGGGCAGCUCCAACGCCUACCUGCACAGCAAGCGCAACGGGCUGCUCAACGAGGCCCUGGAGCUCCCGGGAUCCACCGAGGAGGAGCAGCACACGACUAAGGGCACCUCCUUAAUCGAGAGCCAACACCACCAUCUGCUGCACUGCCUGGAGAAAACAACUGGAUUGUCCUAUCUUGUGGAUGAUCCCCUGUUAUCUGUACGAACUUCCACCAUCAAGAACCACGAGUUCAUCGACGAGCAGCUGUUCGAGCAGAACUGCAUGGAGAGCUCGCUGCAGAACUACCCCUCGUCGCGGAGCCCCUCGCUGUCCAGCCAGGCGGGGCUGGGCGCGUCCUGCUGCUCGCGGCGCCACAAGAAGAGCGCGCACCUGCCCAACUGCAGCGUGCCCGCCACGCGGCUGCGGAGCAUGCAGGAGCUGAGCACCAUCCACAUCCCGGGCAGCGAGCAGCCCUCCCUCACCGCCAGUCGCUCCAGCCUCAACAUGAAGUCGGACGACGGGCUGAGACCGAACUGCAAAGCCGCCCAGAUCACCACAGCCAUCAUCAGCAUCCCCACACCGCCGGCGCUGACGCCCGAGGGCGAGAGCAGACCCGGCCCGGGCAGCCCCGGGCCCGCCACGAACGUUCCCAACAUCGUCAAGGUCUCGGCCUUGUGA